AUGGCAACCAGCAACUGGGAGAUAGGCAUCAUGUUUUUACUGCAGACACUAUUUGGAAUCCUCGGGAAUUUUUCUCUUCUCUGCCAUUAUCUCUCUCUUCAUCUCACAGAACAACAGAGGCUGAGGCCUGCAGAUCUGAUCCACAGGCACCUGACUGUUGCCAACUCCUUAGUCAUUCUGUCUAAAGCUGUUCCCGAAACAAUGGCAGCUUUCGGGCUGAAGCAUUUUCUUGGGGAUACUGGAUGCAAACUUGUCUUCUACAUUUACAGCGUGAGCAGGGAAGUGUCUGUGGGCACCACCUGCCUCCUGAGCGUCCUCCAGGCCAUCACCAUCAGCCCCAUGAGCUCCAGGUGGGCACCGCUUAAAGCAAAAGCAGCCAGGCACAUGGGCACCUCCACCUUCUUCUGCUGGGCUCUGCACAUAAUGAUAAAUAGUAUGGUUCCUGUGUAUGUGACUGGCAAGCUGAACAGCAAAAAUAUCACAAAGAGGAGAGACUAUGGCUACUGUUUCUCUGUCCUUCAUGAAAGCAUCGCAAAGUCGCUGUAUGUAGUGUAUUUGGUGUUGGGAUUGUUCCAUGAUGUUUUCUGCUUGGGGCUUAUGAUCUGGGCGAGUGUCUCCAUAGCCCUCAUUCUGUACAGGCAUAGACGGCGGGUCCGAUACAUCCACAGCAGCGGCCUCUCCCCCAGAUCCUCCGAGUCCAGGGACACCCAGCGCAUCCUUGUCCUGGUGAGCACCUCUGUGUCUUUUUAUUUCCUCUCCUCCACCUUUCACAUCUGUUUGACUCUUUUUAAAAAACCCAGUUGGUGGCUGAUGAAGAGCACUACGCUGCUUGCUGUGUGUUUCUCAGUUGUCAGCCCCUACAUUUUCAUGAGCCGUGAUCCCCGAGGGCCCUGGCCCUGUUUUGCCUGGAGAAAGAACACAAAACCCCCCGUAAUUACCAGAGAAAUGUAA